AUGUCGGGCUACGCAGGCGGAGGCCACUAUGACGAUGGCUAUGCCCAGCAGGGGCAGGGACAUGGUCAAGCUCAUGGUGACUCUUACUAUCAGGACGAACAUGCCCAGGGUUAUUACGACAACCAAGGAUAUGGUGAUGGCUAUUACGACCAAGGUAAUGGCUACUACGGAGCAGACGGUGGUCACGGCGCCGACGCAGCCCAUGCGGAUGGUGCACACCACGCAGAUGCAGGCCACGGAUACGCCGACGGAGGAUAUUACGAGGCCGGACACCAAGACCAGUACUACGGCGGCGCCGGCGGCGCCGGCGGCGAUCAAUACUACGACCAGGGACAAGGGCAACCCCGAGGCCGCCGUGGCCAUGAUUCCGAGGAGGAUUCCGAGACCUUCAGCGAUUUUACAAUGAGGUCCGAGACUGCUCGUGCUGCGGACAUGGACUACUAUGGCCGUGGAGACGAACGAUACAAUAGCUACUCUGACAGCCAGUACGGCGGCGGUGGUGGCUAUCGUCCUCCUUCCUCCCAAAUCUCCUACGGAGCCAACCGAUCAUCUGGUGCUUCGACUCCUGUCUACGGAAUGGACUACGGCAACGCCCUUCCCGCCGGCCAGCGCUCGCGUGAGCCCUACCCUGCGUGGACAUCUGACGCCCAGAUCCCUCUCUCAAAGGAGGAGCUCGAGGAUAUCUUCCUGGAUUUGGUCAACAAGUUUGGCUUCCAGCGAGACAGCAUGCGAAACAUGUAUGACCACAUGAUGACUAUGUUGGACUCUCGUGCCUCGCGUAUGACGCCGAACCAAGCACUUCUCUCCAUCCAUGCCGACUACAUCGGUGGCCACAACGCGAAUUACCGCCGGUGGUAUUUCGCCGCUCAUCUCGAUCUCGAUGAUGCGGUUGGUUUCGCCAACAUGAAGCUCGGUAAGGGGGAUCGCAAGACGCGGAAAGCCCGCAGGGCUGCAGCCAAGGCCGCCAAAAAGAACCCCGAGAACGAAGAGGAAACGCUCGAGGCUUUGGAAGGUGACAACAGUUUGGAAGCCGCGGAAUACCGGUGGAAAUCUCGCAUGAACCGCAUGUCCCAGCACGAUCGGGCCCGUCAAAUUGCCCUGUAUCUUUUGAUCUGGGGUGAAGCCAACCAGGUCCGAUUCCUGCCGGAGUGCAUCUGUUUCAUCUUCAAGUGUGCCGACGAUUACUAUACUUCGCCAGAAUGUCAGGCUCGCGUUGAACCGGUGGAGGAAUUCACCUACCUGAAUGAGAUCAUCACUCCUCUCUACCAUUACUGUCGCGACCAGGGGUAUGAAAUCGUGGACGGCAAGUAUGUUCGUCGUGAGAAUGAUCACAACAAAAUCAUUGGUUAUGAUGAUAUGAACCAGCUGUUCUGGUACCCGGAGGGUAUUGAGCGCAUCGGGUUCGAGGAUAAGACUCGUCUGGUCGAUGUUCCCAUCGCUGAGAGAUGGCCCAAGCUGAAGGACGUAGUCUGGAAGAAGGCCUUCUUCAAGACUUACAAGGAAACUCGCUCCUGGUUCCACAUGAUCACGAACUUUAACCGUAUCUGGGUUAUCCACCUGGGUUCCUUCUGGUUCUUCACUGCUUACAACGCUCCCACCCUGUAUACCAUCAACUAUCAACAGCAGCUUGACAACAAGCCAGCCACACCCAAAUAUCUCGCCGCCGUCGGUUUCGGUGGUGCUCUUGUCUCCUUCAUCCAGAUUUUAGCCACCAUUUGUGAAUGGAUGUACGUUCCCCGACGCUGGGCUGGAGCGCAGCACCUCCGCAAGCGCUUUAUGUUCCUCCUCCUCAUGUUCAUUAUCAACCUGGCUCCUGGCAUCGUGAUCUUCAGCAUCUUGCCAUCGCUGGAAAAGUCAAUGUCAAAGAGUACCGUAGACGGCAUCGGCCUUGCUCUCGGUAUUGUCCACUUUGUUAUCGCUAUCUUGACAGCAGUUUUCUUUGCAAUCCAGCCGUUGGGUGCGCUGUUCGGCAACUACAUGAAGAAAGGUGGAAGGCAAUACGUUGCCAGUCAGACCUUCACAGCUAGUUUCCCUCGCCUUUCAGGUAACGACAUGUGGAUGUCAUAUGGCCUAUGGGUUUGUGUGUUUGGUGCCAAGUUGGCAGAAUCCUACUUCUUCCUGACCUUGUCUUUCAAGGAUCCCAUCCGCAUCCUGUCUCCAAUGCAGAUCCACCAGUGUACUGGUGCGAAAUACAUUGGCAACACGCUUUGCCACCGACAGCCACAGAUCCUGCUGGGCCUGAUGGCCUUUAUGGACUUGACACUCUUCUUCCUGGAUAGUUACCUCUGGUACAUUAUUUGCAACACAAUCUUCUCUGUGGCGCGAUCAUUCUACUUGGGUGUCUCAAUUUGGUCACCGUGGAGGAACAUCUUCUCCCGACUUCCGAAGCGUAUCUACUCUAAGGUGCUCGCCACUACUGACAUGGAGAUCAAAUACAAGCCCAAGGUCCUGAUUUCACAGGUCUGGAACGCUAUCAUCAUCUCCAUGUACCGUGAGCACCUUCUGGCCAUCGACCACGUGCAGAAGCUGUUGUACCACCAGGUUCCCUCCGAGCAGGAAGGAAAGCGCACCCUCCGCGCCCCCACCUUCUUCGUGUCACAGGAAGAUCAAUCUUUCAAGACUGAAUUCUUCCCCCAGGGAAGUGAGGCAGAGCGCCGUAUCUCGUUCUUCGCGCAGUCGCUAUCUACACCCAUGCCCGAGCCUCUCCCCGUUGACAACAUGCCCACCUUCACCGUUCUGAUCCCUCACUACAGUGAAAAGAUCCUCCUCUCGCUCCGUGAGAUUAUCCGUGAAGAUGAGCCUUACUCCCGUGUGACUCUGCUAGAAUACCUCAAACAGCUGCACCCCCACGAGUGGGAUUGCUUCGUCAAGGACACCAAGAUUUUAGCCGACGAGACUUCGCAAUUCAACGGUGAUUAUGAAAAGCCCGAGAAAGACGCUGCCAAGAGCAAGGUUGAUGAUCUUCCUUUCUACUGCAUCGGUUUCAAGUCCGCCGCUCCCGAAUAUACCCUCCGAACAAGAAUCUGGGCUUCGCUCCGAUCUCAGACUUUGUACAGAACUGUGUCCGGUUUCAUGAACUACAGUCGUGCUAUCAAGCUGCUUUACCGCGUCGAGAACCCCGAGGUUGUCCAGAUGUUUGGUGGUAACUCCGAGAAGCUUGAGCGCGAGCUCGAGCGCAUGGCUCGCCGCAAGUUCCGCAUCUGUGUCUCCAUGCAGCGCUACGCCAAGUUCAGCAAGGACGAACGUGAGAACACCGAAUUCUUGCUCCGCGCUUACCCCGAUCUGCAGAUUGCAUACCUGGAUGAGGAGCCACCUGUCAACGAGGGCGAAGAACCCCGUCUGUACUCGGCCUUGAUCGAUGGUCACUGUGAACUUCUCGAGAACAACUUGCGCAAGCCCAAGUUCAGAAUUCAGCUCUCCGGAAACCCCAUUCUGGGAGACGGAAAGUCUGACAACCAGAACCACGCAAUCAUCUUCUACCGUGGUGAAUACAUCCAGCUCAUUGACGCCAACCAAGACAACUACCUUGAAGAAUGUUUGAAGAUUCGCAGUGUCCUGGCCGAGUUCGAGGAAUUGACCACCGACAAUGUUUCUCCGUACACCCCUGGAAUUGCCUCGCCUGAGGAGAACCCCGUUGCCAUUCUGGGAGCCCGUGAAUACAUUUUCUCCGAGAGCGUUGGUGUCCUGGGUGAUGUUGCCGCCUCCAAGGAACAAACGUUCGGUACACUCUUCGCCCGUACACUUGCUCAAAUCGGUGGUAAGCUGCAUUAUGGUCACCCUGAUUUCUUGAACGCCACUUUCAUGACCACCCGUGGUGGUGUUUCCAAAGCCCAGAAAGGAUUGCACCUGAACGAGGAUAUUUACGCUGGUAUGAAUGCUGUGCUCCGUGGAGGUCGCAUUAAGCAUUGUGAAUAUUAUCAGUGCGGUAAGGGUCGUGAUCUCGGUUUCGGAUCCAUUCUCAACUUCACCACGAAGAUUGGUACUGGUAUGGGUGAACAGAUGCUGUCCCGAGAGUACUACUAUCUCGGUACCCAGCUGCCUCUCGAUCGCUUCCUUUCAUUCUACUAUGCUCACCCUGGUUUCCAUCUGAACAACAUGUUCAUUAUGCUUUCUGUCCAAAUGUUCAUGUUUGUCCUGAUCAAUCUCGGCGCCCUGAAGCAUGAGACCAUCAUGUGCCGUUACAACUCCGACUUGCCUAUUACCGAUCCUCUUGUGCCCACUCUCUGCGCCAACCUGAUCCCAAUUCUUAACUGGGUGAACCGCUGUGUUAUCUCUAUUUUCAUCGUGUUCUUCAUCUCGUUAGUUCCUCUUGCUGUCCAAGAGUUGACAGAGAGAGGAGUGUGGCGCAUGGCUACUCGUUUGGCCAAGCACUUCGGUUCGUUCUCGUUCAUGUUCGAGGUGUUCGUCUGUCAGAUCUACGCCAACGCGGUGCACCAGAACUUGUCUUUCGGAGGUGCGCGAUACAUUGGUACCGGCCGUGGUUUCGCAACGGCUCGUAUUCCAUUCGGUGUCCUCUACUCACGAUUCGCUGGUCCCUCAAUUUACUUGGGUGCUCGCCUCCUGCUGAUGCUGUUGUUCAGUACCACAACGGUCUGGACCCCCGCUCUUAUCUGGUUCUGGGUUUCGCUACUCGCUCUGUGCAUCUCGCCUUUCCUGUUCAACCCACACCAGUUUGCCUGGAACGACUUCUUUAUCGAUUACCGCGACUAUAUCCGCUGGCUUUCGCGCGGUAACUCCCGAUCCCAUGCUUCCUCUUGGAUUGGUUUCUGUCGCCUUUCGCGUACUCGCAUCACUGGUUACAAGCGGAAACUUCUUGGUAUUCCAUCGGAGAAAGGCUCCGGUGAUAUCCCCAGAGCGCGCAUUACCAACAUCUUCUUCAGCGAAAUCAUUUCGCCUCUGCUCGGAGUUGGUGCUACAUUGGUUCCGUAUCUCUACAUCAACUCCCGCACAAUGUACUCCGAUGAUGUCAAGUGGGCUGCGAAUCCCAUCCUGCGCGUUGCGAUUGUCGCUUUCGCUCCCGUAGGUAUCAAUGCCGGUGUCGCGGGCAUGUUCUUCGGCAUGGCUUGCUGUAUGGGCCCACUGUUUGGCAUGUGCUGCAAGAAGUUCGGUGCUGUUCUCGCCGCUAUUGCCCAUGCCAUCGCCGUGAUUGUAUUCCUGCUCGUAUUCCUGGCCAUGUUCUUCCUUGAAUCCCUCAACUGGGCCCGAACCAUCUCUGGAAUGAUCGCUGCGAUGGCUCUCCAGCGCUUCAUUUACAAGGUGAUCAUUUCCCUCGCAUUGACUCGUGAGUUCAAGAACGAUCAAUCCAAUAUCGCAUGGUGGACCGGAAAAUGGUACAACAUGGGAUGGCACUCCCUUUCUCAGCCCGGACGUGAAUUCCUGUGCAAAAUCACCGAGCUCGGUUAUUUCGCCAACGAUUUCUUCCUCGGCCACAUUCUCCUGUUUGCCAUGCUUCCGGCCCUCGCCAUUCCCUAUGUCGACACCUUCCAUUCGGUCAUUCUGUUUUGGCUGCGCCCAAGUUCUCAAAUCCGCCCUCCCAUCUAUUCUCUCAAGCAGUCCAAGCUUCGCAAGAGACGCGUUGUUCGCUUCGCCAUCCUCUACUUUGUCAUGCUCCUCAUCUUUGUUAUCAUUGUCGCUGCGCCUGUCGUCAUGCGGAACACAGGGCAAUUGGAUAGCAUCCUGUCGCAUAGCCUCUGGGAUAGCCUCGGUGUUUCCAAGACAGACGCAGUUGGUCUCUUGCAGCCACUUGAUCACGGACUCAAUGACACUGUCUCCUGGUACACCGGCUCUAACAUUCCCAAGGGCUACACCUCAGGCAGCAUCCCGGCAGCCUCAGAGGGCACCGGAAAGUGGUCUAUCUAA